AUUCUAACUUAUUACACCAGUUCAGUAGUGUAGCUAAAAAGAACAGACCAAAUGUCUCAUUGGAAACACGUGCGUAUUAUGAUGUACCAAUAUUAAUGUAUUAUUUAUUAUAAACAAGAAAACUGUGCAUUAAUUUUUGGAAUAAAGUAACUAUCAACGAAGCAGAAUGUCCCGUUUAAUAGUGAAAAAUUUGCCGAAGAAUAUCACAGACAACAAGCUGAAAGAAUUAUUCAGUGAGAAGGGUAUUGUGACUGACGUCCAACUGAAAUAUACCAAGGAUGGAAAGUUUCGUAGAUUUGCAUUUAUUGGUUAUAAGACAGAGGAACAAGCACAGUUGGCACAGUCCUAUUUUGAUAAAUCAUAUAUUGAAAGUUGCAGAAUAUCUGUUGAAAAGUGUGCUAACUUAGGUGAUCCCUCUAAGCCAAGAGCAUGGAGCAAAUAUGCGACUGAUAGUUCACACACAGCUGAUAAUUCCUUCAAGGAUAAAGCGAAAGUCUCAACAGAUUCCUCAGAAGAAUCUAACGUUAAAUCCGGUAAAAAUAAUGAGAAGAAAGAAAAAAAGGACAAUGAAGAAGUUAAGAAAGCACUUGAAAAGCACAAGGAUGAUCCUUUAUUCAUGGAAUUCUUUGAAACACAUACGGGCAACAACAUAAAAGCAAUAUGGAGAAAUGAUAUCAGUGCAUCCGCAGAUGUUAUUGGAAAUUUCAAUGAUGAUGACAAAGAUGAAAACACAGCUGAGAAUGGCGAUGAGGAAGAAGAAGAAGAAAGAAAAGGGGAAGAAAAAAUUGCUGAUAAAGUUAUAUCAGAUUUAGAGUAUAUGGAAGCGUUAAAGAAAAAACCAGAAACAAAGUGCGAAGAAAAAUCGCUGGUGAAAAGUAUAUCAAAAAAGCAUGGUUCAUUAAAACUAUUUACUGUAAAAGUAACUGGGCUCGGAUACAAACAUUUAAAAAAGCACAUUAAACAAUUUUUCCGUCCUUUAGUACCCAAAUCCAUACGAAUCCCACGUAAUAUUAAAGGUAUAGCCUAUUUGGGAUUUAAGACAGAGAUGCAAAUGAAAAAGGCUCUUUUGAAAAACAAAAGUUUCUUAGAUGGCAAACAAAUAUUUGUGUCCAAAUAUGAGCAAAGGAAAGGAUCCGGUGAAGACUCAAAUAGCAAGGUUGACGUCAAGUGGAAGAAACAAGGGGAGAUGUUAAAGGAUGAAGAGAGUAUAGCGGAAUCCGGGAGGAUGUUCAUCAGGAACCUGACAUAUACAACCACAGAAGAUGACGUGAGGAAAUUAUUUGAAAAAUAUGGUCCUCUGAGUGAAGUGAACUUACCUGUGGAUAAAGUCACCAGGAGACUAAAAGGAUUCGGCACAGUAACUUUUCUGAUGCCAGAACAUGCUAUAAAAGCAUACACUGAAUUGGACGGCUCUGUGUUAGAUGGUAGAAUGUUGCAUCUGCUUCCCGGAAAGGCGAAAACUUCGCUGGAGGACAUCGAUCUAAGCAAUUUAUCUUACAAGCAAAAGAAGGAGCUGCAGAAUAAAGCGACCGCGAAUUCGUCGCACAAUUGGAACACACUUUUCCUCGGACAAAACGCCGUGAUGGACGCUAUCGCGACCACCUAUAAUACCACGAAGGAGAAGGUACUGGAAGACGAAUCGAAAGGAAUGAGUGCUGCGGUGAAACUGGCGCUAGGAGAAACGCAAAUAGCUCAUGAUACCAAAGCCUUCUUGGAAGAAAACGGCGUGUGCUUGAACACUUUUAAUCAGGCGCCGAAGCAGAGGUCGAAUACCGUGAUCCUAGUGAAGAAUUUGCCGGCUCAAACGAAACCGGCCGACAUCCGAGAGAUGUUCGUCAAGCACGGGGAACUUGGACGCAUCGUAUUGCCACCAUCAGGCAUAACAGCACUGGUCGAGUUUCUGGAGCCGUCCGAGGCGCGUAAGGCUUUCACGAAGUUGGCUUACACCAAGUUCAAACACUUACCGUUGUACCUGGAAUGGGCACCGGACAACAGUUUUACCGCUCCCGCGUCUAAAUGCAAAGGCAAACGCGACACGAAGAAAUCGAGCAACGCGGAAGAAGCCAAGGGAGAAGAAGCAACACAGAAGGAAUCCAAAGAAAACGUAAACAAUGCAAAUAAGAAGGCCGACGCGGACGAUGCGGACGAUGAAGAGCCCGAGUCGGACACCACGCUGUUUGUCAAGAAUAUCAACUUCUCCACCACGACCGAGGAGUUGAAGAGUUACUUCUCUAAAUGCGGUCGCCUCCAUUAUGUCAUGAUUGCCACUAAGAAGGACCCGAAGAAUCCGGGUAACAACCUGUCGAUGGGAUACGGAUUUGUGCGAUACAAGAGAAAGUACGACGCGGAUCGCGCAUUGAAGACGCUGCAGAUGUCGGUACUCGAUGGCAAGUCUCUGGAGCUGAAGCGAUCCGAGAGGAUAUUGACAUCCGAUGUUAAAACGGCGAGGAAAAAGUCCAAGAUCACCGAGCAGACCGGAACUAAGAUCCUCGUGCGAAACGUGCCCUUCCAGGCGAAAGCCGAAGAAAUAACGGAGCUAUUCAAAGCGUUUGGCGAGUUGAAAGCCACGCGAUUACCGAGAAAACUGGUUGGCUUCGAGAAGCACAGAGGAUUCGCCUUCAUCGAGUAUCACACGAAGGAAGACGCGAAAAGAGCUUUCACGAGUCUCUGUCAGAGCACUCAUUUGUACGGCCGAAGAUUGGUGCUCGAGUGGGCUCAAGCGGAGGAGAACUUAGAAGAAAUUAGAAAACGCACCGCGGAGCGUUUCAUUCAAGGGAGUUCAGCGAAGAGGUUCAAGAAAGCCACGCUGGAUCUCGAGAGCGUCGGCCUAGAGCGAGACUCGUGAGGCAGCAGGAAUACCAAGAGAUUCCUCGUGCAGUCCGAUCACGCGUCGCGUACAAUACAGAAGCGCUUUCCAACGGCAUACAAAUGUCAGGAACCUCAUCGGACAGUCAUUCGAAUCGACACCUUGCAAUCCGGACACGUGUCGAUUUUCAUUUCUUUUCACAACAGGCGGCGGCACUCAAGUCAGCCGCUCGAAAGUCCCGCAGAAUUUCCAUCGGACAUGAUAUUGACCUUCGUAUCACGUUCACACGCGACUUUUUCCCUUCUCGCUUUUCUAAAGCGAGACGAUCCCGACAUGACACGGCACGCUCGCGAAGCGGCUUCAACGAGGUCACCCGCCGCGUUCGCAGAAUCGUUCCUCUAGCGGAUAAUGUAAUAUAUGUACAAAUGUUUUAUUGGAAGUAACAUAGAACUGUCUACAAAUAUAUUUACGAUACGACGAAAA